GAAGCAUGUGCGUGUGAGCUGGAACAGCUCGAGGACCAAGUCGAACAACAGGACAAAAUUUCGGUCAUUUGCGUCUAUCGCAUGUACAUUCGCAUCGGAUUGAUUCUGCCACCUUCACACCUCCUCACUCUCUACCAUGAUGGCUCGGCCACGGCGAUCGAAAGCUGCAGUCGCAAGUGACCCAGAAGAUGCAUCAGACCACGGCUCGCAGGAAGACACAAUCGGUGCCGUGCCAAGGGCCAUGCAAAACAUCGACACUCUCAAAAAGACCCGCGCCCAGAACCAGGCCGGCAUCAACCAAGACUACAACGCCGCUCUAGACAUGUGGACAAAACAGGUCCGGGAUCAUUUUGCACGCCAGACGCAAGAGAUGGAGAGAGUCCACACCGACACAAUUGCCCGCUUCACAGCCGCCGUCGAGAGAAAACUCGCCUGCGAGGAGGCCAUCGCGGAAAGGAUCAAGGCACUGAGCGAGGACCGCGCUCACCUCGCCAUGCUGAUCAACGCCGUGUACACUGGCCGCCGGGAGCUGGCAAGGGACGCGGCGGCUACGAUGAUGCACGACGCAGGUACAGCGAAGACCACAGGCAGAACAGCAAAAGCCUCGAAGCGAACGGGACUCGGCGUGAGUGGAAGCCGAACUGUCGGUUUGGACUACACCAAACGGAAGGGAGCUUAGCCGAUCUCGUCAUGUGCUCACCGAAAGGGAACCCCUUUGAAAUUGGUGGGAUUCUCGGAGACCUGAUAAGUAACGACAUGUGUCAGGUCACACUUCAUGCCACAACCACAUCUAUGUCAUGGUACACCUUUAAUGGAGCAUGUGAAACCAUGGACAGCAGUGAAUCAUGCAGGCGCACCUGCGG